UCCUUGCUCCUCCUUCUGCUCCCGAGCUUCCAGCUCUCCAGCAGCAUGGCCUUCACCGGCAAGUACGAGAUCGAGAGUGAGAGGAACUAUGAAGAGUUCAUGAAGCGCCUGGGGGUCUCCAGCGACGGGAUUGAAAAGGGUCGCAGUAUCAAGAUCGUCUCGGAGGUGAAGCAGGAUGGGCAGAACUUCAUCUGGUCCCAGCACUACCCCGGAGGCCCCUCCACUACCAACAAUUUCACCAUUGGCAAGGAGUGCGACAUGGAUACCGUGCUGGGCAAGAAGUUCAAGGUCACUGUGCAGAUGGAGGGUGGGAAAGUGGUGGUGAACUUCCCCCAGUACCACCACACUGCGGAGAUCGUGGAUGGCAAACUGGUGGAGAUCUCCACUGUCGGAGGCGUGUCCUACGAACGCGUGAGCAGAAGGCUGGCCUGAGCUGGCGGGCGGGGCUCCAUGAAGCUGCAGAGCCACCAAUAAAACUGAUGUAA